GUGGCCGGCUUCUUCUGCCCGGGAGAGGACAUCACUUCCGCUGAUUCCCUGACCUGCUGCUAAGAUCUCGACGGGAACUGGAGCUGGAGGUCCCCCGGCUGCCCGGGCCUGGUGCCCUGAGGGGAAGAGCAGCCCAGCUGGAGGGCACUGGGGUGGAGGCAUCGACUCCAGCCCCUUCCCUGGCCAUGACGGACGGGAUUCUAGGGAAGGCGGCCACAAUGGAGAUCCCCAUCCAUGGGAAUGGCGAGGCUGGGCAGCUUCCUGAGGAUGAUGGGCUGGAGCAGGACCUCCAGCAGGUGAUGGUGUCAGGACCCAACCUCAAUGAAACCAGCAUUGUGUCUGGUGGCUAUGGGGGCUCUGGUGAUGGACUCAUCCCCACAGGGUCUGGCCGCCAUCCAUCUCACAGUGCCACUCCUGCUGGCCCCGGAGAUGAGGUGGCCCGGGGCAUCGCUGGAGAGAAGUUUGACAUCGUCAAGAAAUGGGGCAUCAACACAUAUAAGUGCACAAAGCAGCUGUUAUCAGAGCGAUUUGGCCGAGGCUCCCGGACUGUGGACCUGGAGCUAGAACUGCAGAUUGAGUUGCUGCGUGAGACGAAGCGCAAGUAUGAGAGUGUCUUGCAGCUGGGCCGGGCACUGACAGCCCACCUCUACAGCCUGCUGCAGACCCAGCAUGCACUAGGUGACGCCUUUGCUGACCUCAGCCAGAAGUCCCCAGAGCUUCAGGAGGAAUUUGGCUACAAUGCAGAGACACAGAAGCUGCUGUGCAAGAAUGGAGAGACACUCCUAGGGGCUGUGAACUUCUUUGUCUCUAGCAUCAACACCUUGGUCACCAAGACCAUGGAAGACACACUCAUGACUGUCAAACAGUAUGAGGCUGCCAGGCUGGAAUACGAUGCCUACCGAACAGACUUAGAGGAGCUGAGCCUAGGCCCCCGGGAUGCAGGGACACGUGGUCGACUAGAGAGUGCCCAGGCCACUUUCCAAGCCCAUCGAGACAAAUAUGAGAAGCUGCGGGGAGAUGUGGCCAUCAAGCUCAAGUUCCUGGAAGAGAACAAGAUCAAGGUGAUGCACAAGCAGCUGCUGCUCUUCCACAAUGCUGUGUCCGCCUACUUUGCUGGGAACCAGAAACAACUGGAGCAGACCCUGCAGCAGUUCAACAUCAAGCUGAGGCCUCCAGGAGCCGAGAAGCCCUCCUGGCUAGAGGAGCAGUGAGCAGCUCCCAGCCCAACCUGGCUAUCAAGAAGGACACUGGGAGGGGCAGUCCCAGGGUGGGGGACAUCGGACAUGGUUCAUCCUUUGCCACUUGCCCUCUGGCUUGGGCUCCUUUUCCCUGGCUGGGGCCUGACAGCAAUUUUGCCCACAUUGCUGUGGGUAGGGAGGGGGCCUGAAGGCCCAGCAGCUGCUGCUCUGUCCCUUAUCUUCCCGGACAUUGGGCUUCAUUCCCAGAUCUUUUCCUUCCACUCCACAGCCAAAGGCUAUGACAAAACUACUCCCUGGCCAGUGGCAUCACUCCUCAGGCCUAUCCCCAGCUCCUGGGGUGUGCCCCCUGACCAAUGGCAGAGCCUCAAAAGGCCCUGUCAGCCAAUGGCAGCUCUUCUCGGGCUCCUCUGGGCCAAUGAUGUUGCCUCCAAUACCCUUCGUCCCUCCUCUAUGUGUGCCCAUUGCAGAGAAAGGGACUGGGACCAAGGGGGUGGGAAAAAUGGGGAGACUCAUUUCUGGCCCUGCAUCUAAAUGGGCCUCCCCUCACCUACCCACUCAAUUUAAUUGUGCUUAGAACCCUGGAAGAUUGGGACCUAGCACUAGGAAUAAACCUUUCAUAAAAGCAGGCCCAGUGAGGUCAAUUUGUGGGGGACUCUAGGAGGGUGGGUUGGGUGGAGAAAUGCUCAGUCUAGUAAUACACCCAAAUCCUGUCAAAUAUGAAGACCUGGGGGUCAGAAAACAAAGGUACAGAUUUCCAGAGCAGUCUGAGAAACCAUUUCUCCCUGAUGCCCCGUUCAAGCCAAAGCUUUGUUUGUCCUUUAGGCCAGCACCAAGAUAGCUACGGAUCUUAAGAGCACAGGGCCUGAGGGGGUCAGGUCCCCUGACUUUCAUCAUGCAUUUAUUCAUACAGCAGAUAUUUACAGAGUGCUUUUACUUGUCUGGCACUGCACUAGGCCCUGGGGAAACAUCAGUGAAUAAAACAUGGUCCCUUCCCACAACGCUUAUGAUCUAGUGAGGGAAUGGAGACAAGUAACCAGGCAACUACUACAAUACAGUGAUAAGUACUAGGAUAGAGAAGUACAGGGAGCUUUGGGAGCACAGAGGAGGGGCAACUAGCCUAGGCUGGGGUGGAGGCGGGCAUGUCUGUGUGAAAACUGAGAUUAAAGGGUGAGCAGAGAGCCAGAAAGAGUAAAGGAAAGAGCAUCCUAGACUGAGGCUAAUAUGUGAAGGCCCUGAAUAGGGAUACAGAGGAAUUGGGUUUGACGAGUGAAAGAUGAAGGGGGAGUGGCUAGGAGAAGACUACAGAGGUAAGGUCUAUAGUCAGAGGUCAUGGUAGGCCUUUGCAGGCCAAUUAAGGUCUUUUGCCCUUUGGAGAAGGGCAACUGUGAUGCCUUUUCAGCAGAAGUUUGAUGCAUAGGAGAAAUCUAGGGUUGAGGAAAGUAGUCCUUGUGAGGCUUAAAACUGUAAUACAGACCCCAGUUCCCUUAUAUUGGGUAGUCUAGUAGCUCUAGCCCAACUUCCAAAGCAAGCAUGAAUCCUGUCUGAGGAGCAUCACAAGCACUGGAGCACCUGUCCUGGGUGCCUGGACUCGGGUGGAUAAGAGUUUCCAGGGCCCUUGCUGCACUCAGGUGUUGAGCCCAAAUCUGAAUCUCAUCUGAGGUGAGAAAGCUCCCCAGCAACACUUCAGAGCCCAGGUGCCAUUACCUCUGCUCCUUAGCUGAGGAGAGCUCCAGAAUGUUUCAACAUUCUCCCCUACCUGUGUGGAGGGCUAGAGGAAAGGGACAACCCAGUCAGCAGAUUUUUGUAGCACUGAGAUCCAGCAGCAGCCCAAUUUUGCCCUUUGUCAUAGAUACUGCAUCUGCCAGGCAGGCUUCCUGGGCUUUGGUCAGUCUGCAGUCAUGUGACUGGAGCUUGAUUAUUUGGGGGAGGGGUUGCCCCCAUACGAGCUCCCUCUGCCCCUUAUGAGCCACUGGGGAUUUUUCAGCAUGAAAGCUACUGUAUCUCCAACCGCCUGGAGGCAGGAUCUAAACGCAGAGUUCAAACCCUGCUCACAGCACUUUCUAACUUAGUGAUCAGGGUUAACGUCUGUGGGGAGCUGGGCCCGCAGUUUCUUCCAUUGUAAAACACUGCUAAUAAAAGAAGCUACCUAUUAACAUUAUGAGAAUUAAAGGAAAUAAUUGAA